AUGGAUCGAAAUUUACUGAUUGUUCAUGCUAUCUAUGAAGGCUCCAUUGAGAUCGAUUUGAUGACAAGUCAUCAUGAGAGCUGCAAACCAGGAGCCAAUGAGCGUGUCCGACAAUUAAAGUUAUGCUUCGAAAAAAUGAUUGAAGCUCCAGCAAAUCGAAUUGUUCUCUUCGGUGGUGAUUUGAAUAUGCGUGACAAUGAGCUGAUAAGAGCGGGUAAUAUCCCGGCUGGUAUUUGUGAUUUAUGGAUUGAAAUGGGCAAACGUGAAGAAUAUGCCUAUACAUGGGACAUGCAACUGAAUACAAAUCUUGACUUUUCAGCUAAUAACUUUCGACCUCGUUGUCGUUUCGAUCGAAUGUAUUUUCGAGGAGCAACGUCGCCUACAGUCAAAUUUAAACCAAUAUCUUUCAAACUUCAAGGUCUGGAAAUCAUUCAAUCAAUUCAACGUUUCUGCUCGGAUCAUUGGGCAAUUCAAGCUGAAUUCGAAGUCUAA